AUGUCUCGAUCCAGCUCGACUUCCAGCUCAGGCUCCAGCGCCAGCACAGGUUCAAGCAGUGGCUCUAGCUCCUCCUCUGUGUCCAGCCGCUCUGGGAGCUCCAGCACAUCCCGGAGCUCCAGCUCUAGCAGCUCCUCGGGCUCCCCCAGCCCUUCCCGGCGGCGGCGAUCCCGCUCCAAAUCCAAACCACCUAAAAGAGAUGAGAAAGAGAGGAAAAGGCUGAGGCCUUCACCUAAGCCCACCAAAGUGCACAUUGAGAGGCUCACCAGGAAUGUGACCAAUGAUCAUAUGGAAAUAUUUUCUACUUAUGGGAAAAUUAAAAUGAUUGACAUGCCUGUAGAAAGGAUAUAUCCUUAUCUAUCCAAAGGCUACGCAUAUGUAGAGUUUGAGAAUCCAGAUGAAGCGGAGAAGGCACUGAAACACAUGGAUGGAGGACAAAUUGAUGGAGCAGGUCCCCUGUGCGUAGGUCUUGAUCUCCUGGCCGCCACCGCCGCCAUAGGAGCCGCUCCAGCUCCAACUCCUCCUGAUAAGCAGGGACGUUGAUUCGUACCUCUGUAACUUAUAUUCCCCCAACUCAGUUUUGUCCUUUCUUUAGCCAAGGAGGAUCUGUAG